AUGCCGCGGAUGCCUCUCUCUUCACCCCUCACGGGCGGAGCGUGGCGGGGCCCCACUUCGUCCAUCACCGCCUUCAAGGUGCGCGAGAAGCACGAGGCGGGCAUGCGCCUGUUACAAGGUGGGCUCGUCUAUGAGGCAAUCCAACUCUUCCAGGAAGCGUCCUUCUUCGACGCCGAAAACGUACGGCCCGUCGUGGCGCUCGCUGAGUGCUACGUCUUCCUGUGCGACCUGCGGUCCGCCAUUCGCUGCUACCGGCGGGCACUGUUGUCGCUGCACAAGAAAGAUCUGGAUGACUACUGCCGCCGCGCUAACGAAACCCCGACCAACACUGUCGACGAGGUCUCUGCCACGAACAGCUGUCGCGUCGACACGUCGAACUCCCCUGAGGGGACGUGGCGGAAUAGUGGUGGUAAAACGCGUUCCUAUGGCGUUGCAGAUGAUACGAACAUGGCAUGGGAGUCUCGCCUGGAGACGGCACAGGACCCCGCGCUUGCAUCCCAGCCUGUCGGAAGUAGCAGUCCGUCGGAACUCUCUAUCCAAGGCUUUGCGGAUUGCCUACAGUCAGCGGAGAUGCCCGCGCGCUUCUCCGAACACCAGCCUUCUCUAGCGAAGUCAGUCAACUCGGCUGCGAGCGAGGUUCCAGCGACGACGCUGAGCCCACCAGCAGCAGAUGCGACACCCACCGUAAAGGACAUCCGCGCGCGCCUUGCAGGAGUGCUCGAUGCCUUGGGACUGUCUCUGUAUCAGCUCGGCAACGUUGAGCAAGCGCUCCGUUGCACCACCGAGGCCCUGGAGCUGCUGGACGCCGCCGCACGGGCGAGCGAGGGCGGGGAUGAGGAUGUGUUGUCGAGCAAGUCGCCGCAGUUUCUGGCCGACCCGACGAUUGCGUUGCAUCGCGGCGUGUACCUCAUGACGCUGCAACGCGACGAGGAAGCAGAGGGACUGCUGGAAGAUCACUUCGCCAUUUUUCCGCACUGGCGUCCUCAGACGGCCGCGCUUCUGGUUCAGCUCUACUGCAACCGCCAAGCCUUCCGCAAGGCACGAGUGCUGCUGGAGGCGCAGGAGGAGGAGACAUAUGACAUGGACUCGAGCAAGACUCCGGCCGAAGUCCACGGCAACCCCGACGAGGUGCUGUGUGACGGACAGCGGAGGACUCUGGCCCCGUCGUUGCCGUCCAGCACAGACGCACUGGGGUCGCUGGCGGUCGCCAAAUACCUAUUCACCGAGCUGUAUGCGCGAUACCGCACGGCAGCGCUCGCGAGCAACGAUGGGGCCAGCAUCACCCGCUGCCUCAGCAUUUACUCGAAUGACUUUGACCUGCUGUUCCGCCGAGCGCAGCUAAGCGUCGCGGCAGGGAAGCACAAACAGAGCGUCAAGGACCUGUUCCGCUGCGUUCGGGAGACGAACGGUGAACACAAGGAAGCGAUUGAAAUGAUGACGACGGUACUCUCCACGAUCGGCUCCUCCUUGAACGGCGAGGCCGAGGUUCAGGACGCGGUCACAUACUAUUCUGAGUCGCUCAAGUGGCGCCCGGACAACGUGCUCGUGCUGCUGGCGCGUGGCGACUGCUAUACCAAAAUGGAGUGCUUUGAGGAGGCGCUCGCUGACUACGAGGCGGUCUUGGUCUUGGAGCCAGACCAGCGUGACGCGCGGCAGCGAAUCGCCUCGUUGCACGACCUGUGGGGAUGCAAGCUCUUCGCCCAGAACCAGCCGAAGCAGGCGGAGGCGGAGUUCACCAACGCCAUCAAGACGGACGGUCGAAACCCGCAGUUUUACUAUCACCGUGCCCUCUGCCGCCUCAAGCUUGAUCAGGGACGCUACGCGUUGCGCGACGUGCUCUCCUGCAAGGAGCUCCACCCCACCGCACCGCACCUUCGCGCCUUUAUUGCGCGGUACCUGGAGCCGGUGAAGCUGCCUGAGGCUAGCCAGCGCCGCAACACAUCCCAGGCUGCCAAGAGGCAAGUUGCAGCGUCCUCUGUGUGCGCAGCGCACACGCCGCCACCACUUGCUGACUGCGACGAACCGCCCGCGUUCCAGCAGAGACGUGAUAGGGACACAGGCGACACCUCGUUGCACCUCGCCAACGGUGUCGUCUCGACAGCAACAGGGGUGCUUCCCAGGAUCCAUCGCCGGGUAUCGUUGCAAAAACGCUCUGCCGUCAUGGGGUGGGUGCAGGGGUGUCAAACGACGCUGCACCGACGCGAGACAGGGGCGCAUGGCCCCGUGAAAUAG